AUGUCGUCUACAGGAAUAAUCGCCAGUGUAAAGCCUGCACUGAAGUUCAAGGGCUAUAUGAUAGGAAAUGGAUGCACGGAUGAGCAAUUCGAUGGGGAUGCUUUUGUGCCAUUUGCAAAUGGAAUGGGUCUUAUAUCAAAUGAUUUGUUUCAGGAAGUUAAGUCUGCUUGUCAAGGAAGUUAUUGGAACCCAGUAAAUGAAACCUGCGAAGAGAAGCUAAACAAAGUUGACCAGGAGCUUAAGGAUUUAAAUAUCUACGACGUUCUUGAGCCAUGCUACCAUCAUCCUGAAAUAAGAUAUUCUUCAGCUGAUGAUAUCAGGCUGCCUUCUAGUUUCAGAAGGCUUGGGGAGACCGAUAGACCGCUGCAUGUGAGGAGGAGAAUGUUUGGCCGCUCAUGGCCUUUCAGAGCUACGGUCAGAGCUGGACGUGUUCCAACAUGGACAGAGCUGGGACGCAAAAAACCUCUAUGCACAGAUGACCGAGUUGCAACUGUAUGGUUGAACAAUGAAGCUGUGAGGACUGCAAUUCAUGCACAACCGGUAAACUAGAUAUUUACUCAUAAUGCUGGAAGCAUGAUCAAGUAUCACAAGUACCUUAUUUCCUUAGGAUAUCGUGCACUUAUUUUCAGCGGUGACCAUGACAUGUGCGUGCCUUUUACUGGAAGUGAAGCAUGGACUAGAUCAAUGGGAUAUAAGAUUGUAGAUUUAUGGAGGCCAUGGUAUUUUAAUGACCAAGUUGCAGGGUAUUUACCCUACCUUUUUGCUUAUCACUAUUUUAGUCAUGGAAGAAAUUCUAUUGUACCGUUGCCAAUAAAUUUGCAUAAA